AUGUUCCCAUCUCAGCCACUCAAGAAAGGUGCCCCAGGGAGGCAUCGUUCUAGGGGCAGGGCCCACAGCCCCACUGACCCUGGGAGGGGCCCGCUGAAGGCCGUUCCCCCCCAGCCCCACAGGCCUGACAGCAGCCCUCCUUACAGCCGCCCCCGCGGCCGAGUACAGAGACGCCGACCUCCGACGAACCAUCCCUGCAGGGGAGGACUCACCCCAGACAGACAGGAUGCAGAGAAGGCCCUGCCCUCAAGGGGCACCCAGCCCAACAGUCACCACAGAGACCGGAACCAGACCGGAGUUCAGCACUCCAGGCAGCAGCCCUCCCCGCACAGGGCGGGCCUGACCGGGUGCCCAGUUCAAGGGCUAGGACCACAGGUUGCCCGCAGGGCCCGCAGAGGUGUGGGAGCCGUGUCAUCCCAGAGGUACCCCUGCCCAGGUACCCCAGCAUCUGUGGCCCGCAGCCACACCCACUUUCUCCACCGCCGAGGACCACCCCCUCGGACCCAAGUCAGCACAAAGAGAGGCAAGCGGUCAAGGAUGGCAGGGAUCCGGUGGGGCCACACCCGGACACCAGGCUGGGCCCAUGAGAGACCCAUGGGGAGCCACGGAGAGGAGGGGCUCCUGCAUCAGCUAAGCCAGCAGGACCAAGAUGCAGAGCUGGACAACUCUGAAGCCAUCAGGCCCCAGGCCACCCUCCUGGAGAAGCACUUUCUGGAGGGGGAGAAGCAGCCUCCCAGUACUGGGCAGGGCCCCUUCUUCUACAUCGGAGGGACCAACGGGGCCUCCAUAAUCAGCUCCUACUGCAAGAGCAAGGGCUGGCGGCGCAUCCAGGAUAGCCGGCGGGAAGACUACAAGCUCAAGUGGUGUGAGGUUAAGUGCAGAGACACCUACUGCAACUUCCGGGAAGGCAAGCAGCUGUUGUACCAGCUCCCCAACAACAAGCUCCUCACCACCAAGAUUGGGCUGCUCAGCGCCCUGAGGGAGCACUCGAGAGUCCUGAGCAAGACCAGCAAGCCAGCCCCCUGCGCACAGACCAAGGUCCUGAAAAUGGAAGACUUUUUCCCAGAGACGUACCGUCUGGACAUCAGGGAUGAGAGGGAGGCUUUCUUCACCCUCUUUGAUGAAACCCAAAUGUGGAUCUGCAAGCCCACAGCCUCCAACCAGGGCAAAGGCAUCUUUCUGCUCCGGAACCAAGAGGAAGUCACCACCCUCCAGGCCAAGACCCAGAGCAUCGAGGAUGACCCCAUCUACCGCAAGAUGCCAUUCCGGGCGCCCCAGGCGCGGGUCGUGCAGAGGUACAUUAAGAACCCGCUGCUGCUGGAUGGGAAGAAGUUUGAUGUGCGCUCCUACCUGCUCAUCGCCUGCGCCAUGCCCUACAUGGUCUUCUUCGGCCACGGCUAUGCUCGCCUCACCCUCGGCCUUUAUGAUCCCCAUUCCAGCGACCUCAGUGGCCAUUUAACCAACCAGUUCAUGCAGAAGAAAAGUCCCCUGUAUGUGCUGCUCAAGGAGGACACGGUGUGGAGCAUGGAGCACCUCAACCGUUACAUCAACAACAAGUUCCACAAGACCAAGGGCCUCCCCCGAGACUGGGUCUUCACCACCUUCACGAAGCGGAUGCAGCAGAUCAUGGCCCACUGCUUCCUGGCCGUCAAAGCCAAGCUGGAGUGCAAGCUGGGCUACUUUGACCUCAUCGGCUGUGACUUCUUGAUCGAUGAAAAUUUCAAGGUGUGGCUGCUGGAAAUGAACUCCAACCCCGCCCUGCACACCAACUGUGAAGUCCUGAAAGAAGUGAUUCCCGGCGUGGUCAUGGAGACCCUGGGUGAGCCACCCCCCAGGACCCUCAAACUGCCCCCCUCUGCCUGCACAUGCUCUCUGUAAGUUCAGACGCCCACAAACCCAGUUCUCCAGCACCCCGAGGGCUGCGUGGCAACCCCAGCCUCUGCUCAUGCCCCCACCUCCCUGCCAGCGUGGUGCCAUCCCACCCCUCACCACCCUGUCACCUCCAGACGGGGUGGGAGGUCCCCCUCCCCCCGCACCGCCCUUCCCCGCUCCGCGUCCAGUUCACCCACGACUCCUCCCCAGACCUGGCGCUGGAGACCUUCCAAAAGAGCCUGCGCAGCGAGAAGAUGCUACCGCUGCUGUCCCAGCGCCGCUUCGUGCUCCUGCACAACGGCGAGACGGACCUGUGGCCGUGCCUGGGGGGCUCCCGCAACGUCCCCCGCCCGCCGCUGCCCCCACUUCGGCUCACCUGCGACGCCGCGCCCCUCGAGCCAUCCCUGCUCCGCGCCACCGACCGGCCGGGCGCGCGCAGGCCCGUGCCACACCGGGGCCUCGGCGGCGCGCCAGUGCGGCCCUCCUCCGCGCACCGGCGCCCCCGGCCUCCCGUCCCCGCCCCGGACGGCGCCCUGA